GCCGUGGCUGCAGGCAGCGUGGGGCGGGCAGGCCGGGGUCCCCAGGGUAUUACCCUAGCCCGGUGCAAUAGCGACUCCUCUAGACCCGGGACCCUGGGACUGGCGGGGCACCAGAGGCGGCUCUCCCAGAUCCCGUGUUUCCUACUGAGCGACCGAGCCCAGUGUCCUGCAGAGGACGCUCGCCAGCGCGUUCUCAUCACUGUUAAUUUGUCACCCCUUUGCUUAGCUCCACCCCCGGUGGGAAACCUGGCAGCAGACCGUCCAAGGUCCCCCGGGCCCAGGCCCCGCACUGCCCUUCCUUGCCUCCUCCCGACCACGCGCUACGAGCCCGGGAUGCAGCUCUCCAACAGGGCGGCAGCCAGGGAGUCGGUGAGCCGCGACGUGCUGGCAGCGGACCUCCGCUGCAGCCUCUUCGCCUCAGCGCUGCAGAGCUACAAGCGGGACUCGGUGCUGCGGCCCUUCCCCGCCUCCUACGCCCGCCACGACUGUAAGGACUUCGAGGCCCUGCUUGCGGACACUGGCAGGUUACCCAACUUGAAGGAACUUCUGCAGUCCUCCAGGGACACAGACAAACAGGCCUGGGACCUGGUGAGCUGGAUUCUAUCCUCCAAGAUCCUGACAAUCCACAGUGCAGAGAAGGCCGAGUUUGAAAAGAUCCAGCAGCUGACCGGUGCACCUCACACACCUGUCCCCACCCCAGAUUUCCUUUUUGAAAUCGAGUACUUUGACCCGGCCAAUGCCAGAUUCUAUGAGACCAAAGGAGGGCGAGACCUGCUCUAUGCCUUCCAUGGCAGCCGCCUGGAGAACUUCCACUCCAUCAUUCACAACGGCCUGCAUUGUCACCUGAACAAGACUUCUCUGUUUGGAGAGGGGACCUACCUCACAAGUGACUUGAGCCUGGCCCUCAUUUAUAGUCCUCACGGCCGCGGGUGGCAGCAUAGCCUCCUUGGCCCGACCCUUAGCUGUGUAGCUGUGUGUGAGGUCAUCGACCAUCCAGAUGUCAAGUGCCAAACCAAGAAGAAGGAUUCCAAGGAAAUCGACCGCAGCAGAGCACGAAUCAAGCACAGCGAAGGGGGCGAUGUCCCCCCUAAGUACUUCGUAGUCACUAACAACCAACUUCUGCGGGUGAAGUACCUACUGGUGUAUUCCCAGAAGCAGCCCAAGAGGGCCUCGAGCCAGCUCUCCUGGCUGUCCAGCCAUUGGUUCAUGGUCAUGAUGUCCCUCUAUCUGCUGCUGCUGCUCAUUGUCAGUGUCACCAACUCCUCUGCCUUCCAACACUUCUGGAAUCGCGUGAAGAGAUGAUCCCUGAUGCUUGGAAUGGGGCCACUCACCGUGUGCCUUAUGGGCGCUCGUCCUGUACCUCCUGCAUGUCACAUCCAGUCGAG